UCACGCUGUUACGUGCCUGCCUGGGCUCAGCAGCAGCUGCAGGAGAGUCGGGAAUAGUUGGCUGACGUCUGCGCAUCACCUGCUCCAAACAGCCGCAGUGUUCGGGUUGUUGGGAGUUCUGUCCUUCCUGAAAGCACCGGGGGAUGGAGGGAUGAUCAGGACCGACCUCCCUCCCCCAUCUCCCGCUGCUCUACCUCCGCUCGUCGCUCCUCCGUCGUCCGGGGCUCGGCUGGAGCUGUGUCCGGGAUGUGGGCUCCGCUGCUCGGCCGGGCUGCGGUGCUGGCGGCCCUGUUGGCGCUCAGCUCGUGCCUGACAGAAUUACAUGUGUGCCCUCGCAGUCUGGACUGUGCCCGUGCAGGACGGCACUUCUGCCAGCCAGGCAGCGCCCGGUGUGGGCCCUGUCUGUACCCCCUGGUGGAGAACCUGCACGGACGCUGUGUCAUAAAGAGGAGACUCCUUUAUCAUCCUGCUCCGUUCACUAAAGUCAUGAGCAGCGUGUUCAUCGUCGCUGGUCUACUGGUGCUGAUCGUAGCAGGGAUCUGCUGGCUCAGAUUGCAGAGAGGCGUUCGUUUAACCCAGAAGGUGGACUAUCCUGCAUACGGAGUGAUAAAAGCUCAAGUUUUUUCCAAUUUUCCUGGAGAUCAGAAGCUGGCCCACAGUGCCCAGAUGUACCACUACCAGCACCAGAAGCAACAAAUGCUUUCCUUGGAGAAAAACAGGGAUGAGCCCAAAAUUCCUGAAUCUGGAGCAUCAACAGAUGAGGAGAACGAGGAUGGAGAUUUCACAGUGUAUGAGUGUCCUGGACUGGCACCAACCGGAGAAAUGGAGGUGAAGAACCCGCUGUUCGACGACUCUAAUCUUUACCUGCAGAGAUUCCACAAGUAAACACGGACAUGUAGAUGUUUCUCUCUCAGAAUGCAGCACUCUUUGAAUUUUACACACAUGCACACUCCGUGCACUGCUGUUCUCAGUCCAGCCUCAUUUGGAAACGGGAUGAGGAGAGUAAAGUACACAGAAGAGGAAAGGACGAGGACUGAAACAUGACCUGGAAUUAAAAAAAAAAACAAAUAGAAAAAAUGUGCCCAUGUUUAUUUCAUGUUCUCAACCUGACUGAAUGUGAGUGUCCUGUUCUGCCACCAGGUCUCGUUCUGGCUCAUGUUCAGUUCAGCUGUAUCUGAAACCUAACCAGGAAUGAGACAUGUAGAUCAAAUGUGUUCAAACUUCAGAUUUGGGGUUUUAUUCCGUUUUUUCUCAUUAUUUUCUUUUAAAACAAGUGAGAUUUUAAUAUUUUAACAUGCCUCCCCACAGCACAGUAUCAGUAUUUUAUGUAGCCUUUGUGUUUCUGGUCUAGUUCCUCUAUGCAUGAACUGAUGAUGUAAGAAGUCAGAGUUGACAUGCCUUUACAGGUUGUUUCUAAGUUUGUACCUCAAAUAUGCUGAUAUUUAUCAUCUACAUUUACAUAUAUACAUAUACAUGUAUAUAAAUGAUGAUAGUUCUGUCUUCUGUAUAUUGCUGCUGUUGCCAGCAGGACAGAGAUCCUGCCGGUCACUCAGUGUUUUCAUGUGUUCUUCAUUUUCUCUCAGAUACUCUGAGAACACUUGUGUGUUCAGUGGUCCUGCGCAAGUGGAAAUUAUUGAGUCAGACAAAUAACUGAGUUCAGGUUUUUCAAUCUUACUCAGUCCACUUUUUUAGGUCCACCCGUUCAACUGCUGAACACAAACAACUGUUCAGCCAAUCACAUGGCAGCAACUCCAUGCCCUUAGGGAUCUAGAUGUGUGCAGGUACGUUCUGGUGCCCAGAACGUGGACCAAAGGGGAAAGUUGGUGACUGAAUAAGACCUGGAUGUUGGAGUCAGACAGGCUGGUCUGAGUUUUUCAGAACCUGCUGAUCUGCCGGGAUUAUUAUACACAACUAUUCUUUGGUUUACAGAGGAUGGUCUAAGGCAGUAUUUGUGUGGAUAAAAUGACAUUAAUGAUGUAAAGGAGAAUGAGCAGAUUGGUUGGAGAUGAUAGAAAGGCAAUAGUAGCUCAGAAAGCCACAGCAYGUUCCAUUUGUGUCAGCCAAGAACAAGAAACUGAGGCUACAGUUCACACACUAAAACUGGACAAGAAGAGUUUAGAAAAACAUCUCUGAGUCUUAAUCCACUGGACUCCAAUGGUUUCCACAGUCAYCAGGUCUCAGUCCAGUCCAGCACCUUUAGGAUGGGCUGGAUCAGGAGAGACACUUCAUGGAUGUUCAGCUGUGUCAUGUCGGUAUGGAGCAGAAGCUCAGGAAUGUUUCCAACGCCUGACAUGAAGGAUUAAACCAGUCCUGAAGGCAGAGUGUCUGACUCAGCCAUGCUUUACAGAACAAACCUUCAGCUGAGAUAGGUCAGAGUAAAUUGGUUUUUACGUGUCUGAACUGACCUUUUGAGAUCUUGUGAUGUUGAUGAAACUUGWUCUCUUUUUCCACAGAAUGUUUAACUGAUAAUGACACACAUCAGCUUGUCAAAUGUGUAAAACUACUGCCACAACUUUAUUGGUACAUUUAAAUUUUACAUCACAAUGUAAGUCAUAUAUUGUCUUCUCCCACCCAGUGUCCCUCACCRCUGUAGGACUUAGGAUUUUAUCCCCCAAUUCCUGCAGGAUUUAAAGAGCGCUCAGGUUUCUGUAGGUUUUAGUUAUAUUUUAGCUCAAAAAAUUCUCAUCAAAACUGGAAAUGAAGGGAUUUAUUUUUACUCAUCGCACCUCAUAGAUAAAACUCGGGAAACAUAAAACUUCACCUGAAUGCGCGUCAGAGCCUUCUGCUCAUCAUUAAAGACUUGUCUCUGCACAGCGAGGCUUACCUUUCAGUCUGUUCCCGUCUGAAUCAUCAGCUUUUUAAACUGAGUGACAGACGCAGGUGUGUGCUUACCAUGUUGAUCAUAAUGCAUUGCUGGCAGCAGCUGUAACAUUACAUUUGAUUUUGGCUCUUUACUCAAAAUGUAGGUAUUUUAUUCUUAGUUUAGAUUAUUACAAAGUUGUGUUGGAAUGUUAGCCUUGCAUGGCGACUGCUAGAGAUUAGCCCCGCCCUCAGAAACGGCUGGAUGGAUGUUGGGCUCCAGUGGCACUGGCACCCUUUAAAUUUUCUACAGAUAUUAUUUUAGUUUUUCAAAUGGUUUCCAGUUUAUCAGGUAAAACAUUUUGCAUCUUACAGAGAGGAGACCUUAUUUAUUCUCUGAUCAAUGAAUUAAAGAAAUGUUAAAGUACAUAAUAAAUAUUUUAGGACUGUUACGUUAGCCCAAUGUGUUACUGUGGAUAUUUCCUAGAAAACAAGUUUAAUGUAUAAAUAUAAUCCAUAUCUGUUAUUUCUGAGUUUUUUUUUUUUUUUUUAUAGUUGAGUGAAUAAUAAAAGAAUUGUACAAAGCCUGAAUGUUCUGCUGCUGGUAGCAACACAUCUGCACUGACUGAUGGAUGUAGAUGUGUGCAGCUGCUGGUCUUUUUGCUGAAUUUGUUUCUUUGACUUCCCAACUAAUGUAAGUUUCAGGCUCCAGUUACAGAAUGAAGGUCCUGAUUCUCUGGCCCAAAGCCACAAUGUCACAGUUUCCCAGAUUGUGAAGGAGCACAUUCUUCUGUAGCUGUCUGCACACACACACAUGCACGUUUGUUCUUCUAUCCUCAUGGGGACAUUGCAUUGAGCCUAACCCUGACCCCCUACCCCUAAASCUAACCUAAACUCAAGUCACACGUUAGUCCUAACCCCUCAGCCAUCAACGAUAUUUCCCCUAAUGUGGACUGGGUUUUGUCCCUACCGGGUAUCAAACGUGCACACACACACACACACACUCACACUGCAAGCAGCUCAUGAACCAUGUUGACAGGACUGUUUUAUCGAAGUCAAGCUCAAAGAACAAAACAUGGACAUAAGGACAAUAAGAAAAUAAUAAAAUCUCAUGUUUGCCUUUUUUAUGUUACACAACUCUGUGUGUGUUCUUUUGGUUCUCUCUCAUGUUGAGUUGGUACUUUGUUACCAGCGGUUUCCAGGCUUCAUACAGUAUAUGUUGCUAUCAUGGUUAGCCUGCAUGUGGAAAAACUGUUCAAAUGAAAGAAAUAAAUAUAACAGCCUG